UGUUGAAACUGAAACUAGUGUUUCCUUAGAAAAGUCUUGAAGUCGAACUUCACGUAUUUUCACAUAAUCUUCAACGCCUGCAACCUUUGGAAAUUUCGUGAAARGAGUAUGAAGCGGCAUACAAAUUCCUSACGUACUGAAGUCUGAAACUUAGAAAGAAAACCAGCCCAGCCYCUUGUAGCGACAUUUGCUAUCGAUACCCAAUUCCAAUCAAAAGCCAAGACUGCAUUAGCCAAUCAGAUUGCUGACAAUACUGAUAUAUUCAGAMCGGGUACUUUCUGCUCGUUUGCAYUGAUAUGGAGUUUGUCAAUAAGUCAGGUGAAAAUAACUAUUCUUACGCCAAAUACGAACGAACGACCGUGACAAUGACGACACAUCUGGAAUGUGAACUACCUCUUGAGCAGGGAAUAGUGCUUGUUGUAAUAAACAUCUUGCUUUCACUCGUGGGGACCGUUGGUAACAUUCUCAUCAUCAUGGCGGUUUUAAGGUCACCUCGACUUCGACAGAAACCAUCCAACUUUCUCCUCUUGAGUUUAGCUGUUGCAGAUUUGUUGGUGACCAUGUUGGCGCAGCCGCUGUUCACUGCUUCAAUAUCGAUGAAAACAUUUGCCCAUCGAUGUCACCGUGAGAUCGAUCUUCUGUAUGUUAUUGCAGCCCCUCUAGCCGGUAGCAGUUCGGUUUUUCACCUUGCUGUCAUAAGCAUCGAUCGGUCACUCUCAGCUUUGAUGCCUCACAAACAUCGUGCUAUCAUCAAGAAAGGCUUGAAAUUGAUGUUGUGUAUUUGUUGGGGUCUUUCUGCUYUAGUUGUUUGCAUACUUGUGGUUUUUCCUCAUUCAACCUCCGCUGUGUAUAUUGCUCUUCUUCUUUGCCUUAUCAUCAUGAUAGUCGCGUAUGGAAUGAUUUUGUACAAGAUUCUGGCGAUCCGAGUAGUCAAUGUACCAGCUUCCACUGCGCGCGAUCGAGCCAUGGAAAAACGAGUUUCAGGAACAGUUGCAAUCAUCAUAGCGUUGUUUGCUGUUUGUUGGGUCCCUCUCAUUGCAUUCCACCUAUCUCGCUCAUCUACCACUGCUACAGACAGUACAGAGACUACAUACUGGUGGAUUCGUACUCUUUACUUGGCCAACUCUUCCAUGAACUUCAUCGUCUACAGUUUAAGAAUCAAACUAUUUCGAUCAGCUUAUUCAAAAAUAAUGAAAAGAAGCCUGAGAAAAGUUGGGAAGCUACUACCUAAGAAGUGUCGUUGUCAGUGUCUCGACUCCCUCGCCACCAGGAAUUUCUCACAGAGUACACAACAUACUCCUAUGUCGCCUUUAUCUACGGCUGUUCCUGUACCACUGAAUAUAAUACCGCGAACAGAUGACUCGCAUGAACCUCUGAAAUUACCACAAGAUAAAGGCGAGGYGGAUAGGUAUGUAGUACAACGACAAGAAGAUGAUCUGAUGCAAACCGGAGAUAAAGAUAUGGAUUCGACGCAAAAGGGUGACAAAGACAUGCAUUUCAAGGCACAAAAAGAUGAAGAGGAAAAAGACUUGCAUUUGUCGCAAAAAGAAGAAGAAGAAGAUGUGCGUUUGACGGCGCAAAACUCAGAAGAAAAAGACUUUCAUUUGACGCAAAAAGAAGAAGAAAAAGAUAUGCGUUUGACGGCGCAAAACUCAGAAGAAAAAGACAUGCUUGCAUCGCAAAGAGAUGAAGAAAAAGACAUACUUGUGUCGCAGAACCAAGAAGACAUGCAUUCGAUACGAAAAGAAGAAGAGACAGAUGUGGAUUUGAAGCAAAAAGGAGAGACAGAUACAAAUAUGACAAAUAUAGAAGAACAAAUGACUACAAUUUAAAGAAGAAGGAUUUAUUGGACGGAAUGUAGUCGGCAUCAGGAAAACUAGGAAGACAUGAAGCUUUAGGGAGAGCCGAUUUAUGGACUCAAUGAAGGACACUGAACACUUGCACAUCUAAUGUAACUAACUAGUUAUUUGACUAAUAGUGGCUUCUAAACGCAAUUAUAUCGUUAUAAAAUCCAUUAUUACAAUGUAAUAACCUUGUUAUUGGUAUAAAUAGGCAAAAAGRUUGCAGGUUGUCAUUUG